AAUGGACUGAGGGGACCCCAGACUCAGCCGUCCAAUAGUUACAGAGAUCUGGGUAUAAAGGCUUUAGUCCGUCAGCUGUCAGAGCUGGGCAACCCCUACAUUGGGCGAACAGGAUCUGAUCCCGGGAUUUGUUACUUCUUUCUUUUCUCCUAAGCAGACAAAGUAAGAAUGGCAGCCAUGAAGAACUGCCACAACGACUACAAGAUGAAGUUCUCCGUGGAUGAGGAGUUCCCCGACCUCUCUCUGCACAACAACCACAUGGCCAAGGUACUUACCAAAGACAUCUAUUCCAAGCUGAGGGGCAAAUCCACCCCUAGUGGCUUCACGGUGGAUGACGUCAUCCAGACUGGUGUUGACAACCCAGGUCACCCCUUCAUCAUGACCGUGGGCUGCGUCGCCGGAGACGAGGAGUCCUACGAGGUCUUCAAGGAGCUGCUGGACCCUGUCAUCUCCGACCGUCACGGCGGGUACAAGCCCACCGACAAGCACAAGACUGACCUGAACUUUGAGAACCUGAAGGGUGGAGACGACCUGGACCCCAACUACGUGCUGUCCAGCCGUGUGCGUACCGGCCGCAGCAUCAAGGGGUUCACCCUGCCGCCCCACAACAGCCGUGGGGAGCGCAGAGGCAUCGAGAAGCUGAGCAUUGAGGCCCUGUCCACCCUGGACGGCGAAUUCAAAGGAAAGUACUACCCCCUGAACGGCAUGACCGACGCCGAGCAGGAGCAGCUGAUCGCUGAUCACUUCCUGUUUGACAAGCCAGUGUCCCCCCUGCUGACCUGCGCCGGCAUGGCCCGCGACUGGCCCGACGGCAGGGGCAUCUGGCACAACGACAACAAGACCUUCCUGGUCUGGGUGAACGAGGAGGACCACCUGCGCGUCAUCUCCAUGCAGAAGGGAGGCAACAUGAAGGAGGUUUUCAGACGCUUCUGCGUCGGCCUGCAGAAGAUUGAGGAGAUCUUCAAGAAGCACAACCACGGCUUCAUGUGGAACGAGCAUCUGGGCUACAUCCUGACCUGCCCCUCCAACCUGGGCACCGGCCUGCGCGGCGGCGUGCACGUCAAGCUGCCCAAGCUCAGCACGCACGCCAAGUUCGAGGAGAUCCUGACCAGGCUGCGUCUGCAGAAACGCGGCACAGGCGGUGUGGACACAGCCUCAGUGGGCGGCGUGUUCGACAUCUCCAACGCCGACCGACUGGGCUCCUCCGAGGUGGAGCAGGUGCAGCUGGUGGUCGACGGCGUGAAGCUCAUGGUGGAGAUGGAGAAGAAGCUGGAGAAGGGCGAGUCCAUCGACGGCAUGAUCCCCGCUCAGAAGUAAAGCGGACAGACAACCCAUGAUGAAAUGACUGUCUGUGUUUGUUUUUUUUUCUAUUUUAUAAAAAAAGAAAUGAACAUGUAGCCUCGUUGUAAAGUUAUUUUACUGGUUUCGGCCAAACGGCUACUUCCUGCUGAUGACUUCCUUCCAUCCAAAGACACUCCACUUUUCCUUCUGCUCCUUCAUUUCUUACUUCUGUUUACUUUUUCUGCCUUUUCUCCCUAUUCAUCUAAUAAUUUCUUCUAACUCAAAUCAUCUUCCCAUCUCCUUCGUAACAUCCUGGGAUCAACCUAUGCAUAGUCUGGUCGUGGCUAUGUGUGUACAAUUUAUUUAUUUUUGGUUGUAAAAUGUAACUGGAGAAUUAAACAAAGCCCCAUGUAACAAUCAA